GCAUUAUCUCUCAGCGAUAUUCGAUCGUAUAAGUUUAACGAUUUUAACAAUGUCGAAGAGGACAUUUCGCGUCGGCGAGACGGACUUCGAGAUGGACGGGCAGAAGUUCCAGUACGUCGCGGGCUCUUUUCACUACUUCCGCGCCUUCAGAGACACUUGGGAGGACAAACUGACGGUCAUGAAGGCUGCCGGACUGAACGUGAUCGACACGUAUGUCGAAUGGGCGACGCAUCAGCCGGAGCCGAACAUUUACGAGUGGGAGGAGUUUGCCGAUUUGCCGUACUUCCUGGAACUCUGCCAGAAGCUCGGUCUCUAUGUCAUCCUUCGGCCGGGACCGUACAUUUGCGCCGAGAGAGAUAACGGCGGACUUCCUUACUGGCUCUUCUCCCAGUAUCCUGGCAUCCGCGUUCGCACCAGUGACGCUAACUACCUGGCCGCUGUCAGGACGUGGUACGAAGUCCUGUUCACCAAGAUCGAUCCCUAUCUCUACGGCAAGGGCGGCAACAUAAUCAUGGUCCAAGUGGAGAACGAGUACGGCGUGUUCGAGGCCUGCGACAGGAACUACAUGUCCUGGCUGAAGAGUGAAACGGAGAAGUACGUUGGCGACAGCGCGGUCCUUUUCACCGUCGACAUCCCGAACGAGCGCUUCGAGUGCGGCAUCACUGAAGGUGCCUUCGUGACGACGGACUUCGGAAUCGACAGAGUCGACGAAAUGGAGUCAAUCUGGGCCCUCGUUCGGCAGCAUCAGCCGACAGGACCGCUGGUCAAUUCGGAGUUCUAUCCCGGCUGGUUGACGCACUGGCAGGAAGACAACCAACGCCGAGACGCCGACGAAGUGGCGAAUGUGCUGCGCAAGAUGCUCCAAGAUGGCGCCAGUGUGAACUUCUACAUGUACUUCGGCGGCACGAACUUCGGCUUCACCGCCGGUGCCAAUGAUUGGGGCAUUGGGAAGUAUCAAGCCGACCUGACGAGCUACGAUUACGACGCUCCCAUGGACGAGGCUGGCAAUCCGACGAUGAAACUGAUCAAGAUCCGAAAUGUGAUCGGAGAAUUCCUCACACUUCCCACAAUUCCCGUUCCCGAAGCCAAAGUCGGUCGGAUUUAUCCGGAUUUGGCACUUCAUCCUGUCGCCAAGAUGCUCUCCGAUGACGGGCAGUUUCUGGUGCAGAACACGCGACAGAAUUCGGAUUUGGUGACUUUCGAGAGUCUUCGGCAAAUGUCGGGAUUGAUCCUGUACGAGACGAACCUGCCGAAGAUCCUGAUUGAUCCAACCGUUCUCACCGUGAACGGUUUGGCCGAUCGUGCUCUUAUCUACCAAGACAAUCACUUUGUCGGCUGCUUGUCCCGGGAAAAUGCCGUGCACUCCUUGCCGCUGAAUCCAACAACAGGAUCUCGUCUCAAGAUCCUGGUGGAGAAUCAGGGACGAAUCAACUUCAACAAGCUGGACGACUACAAGGGCAUUCUGGGGAAUGUGACAAUUCAGCAGCGCGACGGGGAGCUUGAGGAGCUGCGAUCUUGGGACAUUUCAGGAUAUCCUCUGUCCAACAGAGCGACGAUGAACGAAUUCGUCCAGCGCGUCACUGGCAACACGGUGAGCCUAUCCCAAAGCGGCGUCCUGACGGAAGGACCUGUGUUCUUCCUGGGCAACCUCAGACUGACAGCCGAUGACAUCGGCGACACUUACUUGGACCCCUCGAACUGGGGCAAAGGCGUUCUGUACGUGAACGGCUUCAAUCUGGGGCGCUACUGGCCAGUUGUAGGCCCGCAGAUUACCAUGUACAUUCCCGCGUCGGUGCUGCGCGUGGGCGACAACUCCAUCAUGAUGCUCGAGUUCCAAAAAGCGCCAAUGCCGACAAUGGUAUCGUUCAGAAGUCAGUCACGGUUGGAUGGAUAAAUGAAUUUUAAUUGAAACACUUUUUGUGUUAGAGUGUUUUGCGCCACUGUAAUUUAUCAUUUUUCGGAAAUAAAAAGU